ACUCACCAGGGUCCGUGAAUUCUUUCAGUCAGCGUCAUGGCAUCUCCCGACGAAGAACCAACUCUCCAGCGAUUGGAUGUAAAGUUUAAUGUUGUUCCCGAAACUCUGGAGAGCCCCUUCAAGGAACAUUUCCCAGUUUUCAGCAAAGGAUUAGUUCAAGGCGAGCCAGGAGGAUUUGUGUUUCAUCCGCAUUACGCACGGAAUGCCGAUAAAAUUUAUAACAUGAAAAUUAGGCCUGACGAUGUCUGGAUCCGCACGUUCCCCAGAUCAGGGACAACAUGGACGUCGGAAUUGGCCUGGCUCAUCGUGAACGAUUGCAAUUUUGAGGAAGCUGCUCGAGUGCCAUUAACUGUUCGAGCUCCCAACACAGAUGCCAAUUACUUUGCUGACUGGAGUGAGUUCGCUCCGCCGGAGAUAAUGGAAAAUCUAAUCACAAUCGAAAAGAUUGAACAGAUGACGUCGCCUCGAGUUGUCAAAUCACAUUUGCCCUUCCACUUGUUGCCACCCAAUUUACUCGAUACGGCCAAGGUUAUUUAUGUUGCCCGCAAUCCCAAGGACGCCAUCGUUUCUUUUUUCUACUUUCACAAGUUGGUGAAAUUGUGCCACUACACCGGAGAUAUGGACGACUUUGUUGAUUACUUUAUCAAUAACAAACUGAAUUGGACACCGUAUUUCCCGACUGUCCUCGAUGCGUGGGCCAAACGUCAUCAUCCUAAUUUGCUGUAUCUCUUCUAUGAAGACAUGAAAAAGGAUUUGCCAACUGAGAUCAGAAAAAUUGCCGGUUUCCUCAACAAAACGCUGACUGAAGAACAAAUUGCAAAAUUGGUCGAUCACGUUGUCGUUGAUAAAUUCGCUAAAAAUGAAUCGGUCAACAUGGCGAGAGAAGUCAGUGCCGGCCUCACCAAUGAGGGUUACAGCUUCGUUCGCAAAGGUCAAACGGGCGACUGGAAAAAUCAUUUCAGUCCGGAAGUGAACCGUAAAAUUGACGAAUGGAUUGAGAAAAGUUUAGAGGGAACCGACUUGAAAUUUGUCACCGAACUUGACGAUUCAAAAUGAUUUCAACUGCAAAUUUUUGUUCUCAUCUUCUGUGAACUUGCAAGUGCCAAUCAACCCGCAACGAUUUGGAACAGAUUGUGUUGCGCAUAUUUUUUUAUUCCUAUUUUUUUUUUUCCUUUAACUUCUUCAAAUUGACACAUUGAAAUGCAUACAAAGGAAAGCUAACCAUUUAUUUUCAUCAAAUUAUCCCAUUUUAUUGGUAUUACUAUAGAGAUAUAGUAUGGUGAUU